UACGUUCCGGUUACUUGCUUCAAUUCAGGAGCAUUACUAACAAUGAUAGUCAUUCAACGAUACCAGCAGUCGAAUAACACAAGUUUGGUUACAAAGGUGAACUGAUUUUCUCGAUGUGGUACACCACACCAUUGCACGAGAUGUUAUUGCAGUAUUUAAUGUAUAUUAAUGUGCUGUAUAUAUAACACUAACAAAAUAUGCUAAGUUCAGCAAUUUGAGUGAGUGGGUAGAAUAAGUCAGUAUUAAAAGUGACACAAAGGUCGUAGCUUAAGAAAAAAAGGCAGUAAGUAACAUUUAUUUUGGCGCGCUAUGGGUACAACAAAAUACACGACCAAAGAAUAAAACUACGUUUUCCGACGAUGAAACAUGAACUUAUAAAGUGACAGAGAUGGUUUAUAAUUAAGCUGUUAUAAACCACUUACGUAGGUAGUUCUUCCAACCAAUUCUUUUUAACUAUUUGUAAAUUUGUCAUUUAAAUUCCAAAUGUGAUAAAGAAAACAUUUUUAGAUUAUAUUGUAGACUUAGCAAUACCAGUGUUGCGGUUGCAGAAAUAAUCGUUGCAAUAAGCCCCUUUUCCCAUAAGCCCCUUUGUACGUUUAGCAACAUAAACAGGUUUGACAGACCUGCAGUGCCACCAUGUAACAGAAUACGAUGCUGUGGUAGAUAUAUAUAGUACUAUUGCUGUGUUAGUUAAAACAAACUCUGUAAUUGCGGUUUACUUUAUUUUUCUUUCUGCAACAGUGUGGUUGUAUUAGAGACAUCGGUUACAAUGUGGAAUAUGUUUUAUUAUUAAUGUUUGGUGUGGAACAUCAAAUACCUCUAUGGAGAUAUUGUUGGAUGUGUUGUUUAUACGACCAAAACAACAUGUCUGGGCAUCGCUUUGGAGAACAACGUUUAAAUUCAACAUUCCCAAGCAAGUCGUCGACCGUGAUUCCAACUAUACAACUUAGCGGUGUCGACACUGAAGAUACUUACACAAGACCACACCUGCAAUCCACCAAACCUUUACACAAUGCUAAGGUAUCAUGGGCUCCCACUGUUAAACAAGUUAACCGCCCUGUUACUCUAUGUGACCGUGGAACAAUUAAACCAAUAUACAAACCAAUGCGUACAACGAGGGAAGCAGGUUGUCAUGAUGACGAGAAUUGUGAAAAAGAGGACGAAGAAAUGAUAAGGAUUGGAGUGAGAGCAGCAAAGAAGAAGCCUUGUUUUCUAAACCCUUUACUUGCACGGGCUACGCAGCAACACCGGAGACAUUCAUGGAUCUGUUUUGAUGUUGAGAACGGAUUAGCUCCUGCAAGAAGUCCGGUUGAUGCACAGGCAUCUCCAGGGAUGAUUCUUCAUUCAACUGCGGUUCCGCACUCUCAGCGAAGAGAAUCUUUCCUAUACAGAUCGGACAGUGAAUUUGAUCAGUCGUCACCAAAAAUUGGCUCAAGAAAUUCCUCUGUUGUUAGUGAUAUGCAUGGAAUAGAGGAUCUCAUUGUCACCCCAUUUGCUCAGGUGCUUGCAAGUCUGCGCCGAGUCCGCAAUGAUUUCAUCAUGUUAACCAACAUCAAUCCACCAACUAAUAACAAAUCUCCAAGUAGUCAAGGAAAGAUGUCGUCCAACUCAAGUCCGACCAUCCCAGUAAACCAGCAAGGUAAUGUGGUCCCUGGAACAGAGGAAUUUGUGCAAAGAGCAGUAAACACAGUUGAAGAGCUGGACUGGUGUUUAGAACAACUUGAUGCGGUACAAACACACAGAUCUGUCAGUGAAAUGGCUUCAAACAAGUUUAAACGGAUGUUGAAUAAAGAACUAAACCAACUUUCUGGCAUGAGCAAAUCAGGGAAUCAGGUUUCAGAGUUUAUUUCAACAAUUUUCCUUGAUAACCAGAAUGACGUGAUGUCACCAAACCAUGACCCGACAGAUGACAGAGAGAAGAGACCCGCCUCUCCUAAUUGUGGAGCUAUCGGGAAAACAACAAAAUCUCAUCUAAAUCCUGCUGGUAGAAUAAUGGGAGAUAUAACAGGUAUUAAACAAAUGAACCGACAUAGAGAUACAAUAUCCAGGUGGAGGAAGCUACCAAUGUAUGGAGUUGUUGUCAGCAAUGAAGAAGCACUUGCUAAGGAAUUGGAAGACAUUGAUACUUGGGGAGGAGUGGAUUUGUUUAAAAUCGCCGAGAUCAGCAACAAUCGACCUCUCACAAGCAUCAUGUACACAAUAUGCAAAAAACGUGAUAUGUUCGUAAAAUUCAAGCUAUCACCUGUGAAAUUUCUCACAUACAUGAUGACAUUGGAGGACCAUUAUAGGAAGGUUCCAUACCAUAACAGCUUACAUGCAGCUGAUGUUACACAAUCUGUCCAUGUUUUACUUUCUUCUGCUGCACUUGAUAGCGUUUUUACUGACCUUGAGGUUCUUGCUGCUCUUGUAGCGAGUGCGAUGCAUGAUGUGGAUCAUCCUGGACUCAAUAAUCAAUAUCAUUGCGCAAAUAGCACUGAACUUGCUAUAAUGUACAAUGAUGAGUGUGUGUUGGAGAACCACCAUCUUGCUGUUGGUUUCAAACUUAUGCAGCAAGAUCAUUGCGAUGUUUUUGAACAUUUUACUCAGAAACAGUGGCAGAGUUUAAGGAAGAUGGCGAUUGACAUGGUUCUGGCAACAGAUAUGUCAAAACAUAUGCAGCUUCUUGCCAACCUUAAAACUAUGGUAGAAACAAAGAAAGUAGCCGCCUCAGGUGUCCUUAUGCUUGACAACUACACUGACAGAAUACAGGUAUUGCAAAACAUGGUUCAUUGCGCUGACCUAAGCAACUCAUCAAAGCCGAUAGAAGCUUACAAGCAGUGGGUGGCUCGCCUUAUUGAUGAGUUUUGGAUGCAAGGUGAUGUUGAGAGAGAGGCGGGGCUGGAGAUAAGCCCCCUGUGUGACAGACACAAUACUUCAAUUGAACGAUCACAGGUGAUGUUCAUUGAUUUUGUUGUCCAUCCGUUGUUGGAGACUUGGGCUGACCUUGUGAACCCAUAUGCACAAGAUAUUAUCAACCAACUCGCUUCUAACAGAGAAUAUUAUGCAAGUCGAUUACCAAAUUUACCUUCACCGAAUGAAACCAGUGAUUGUGAUGUCACAGUGGUUGAUGACUCGUCAACAGAGACGGAAGGAGAUGAAAGCGAUGAUGAUGUCAUACAGACUCCUGUUCCAACUUCACAACUUCAGAACAAUCGGUUUCAGUUUCAGAUUUCACUUGAUGAAGAUUCUUCAGUGUCCGAACUUUCUGAACGGCGUAAAUCUCGCGAAAUGACCAACAAACCACCUCGGUAGCGCAUCUUACUCCAAUGUAAGCACCAUAAGAUGAAGCAUCGUGGUAACGGGUGGUAACGUUGCUCCACAGCGCCACCUAUGAACUGGAUACCACGCAAACACACUGUGAAGCGGACAGCGGCCUUGAAUAAACACAUUCAUACAGAUACAAACUUAUAACUGAUACUAAACUGAACUAAGUCGGUGAUCAGAGAUUUAUUGCAGUAGCUUAGUAUUUAUUUUACAUUGAUCUUUCUUUGCACAGAAACUCUUGUUAUCAUAUUGAUGGCUGCUUUUAUCAUGAAAUCUCCCUCACAACGUUAACCAAGAAAAUAUGAAAAUUUCUUCAAAAAAAACAACUGAGGAAAAAUUAAUUCGCUCCAAUCAUCACCAGCCCUACCUCACACACUCACACUAACCAUGCGACGUAGUCAUAAAUAUGUGUCGUCACUUAAAUCGUAAUAAUAGUUGUCCAUGUUGUGGGAUAUCAUGUAUUUUAAUCUCCUUGUCGCUUACAAAUUGCUGGUGAAGGAAACAAAGAUUUAAGUUAAAAUACAACGAAGCAAAUUCUGUUGAAGCAAUCAGCAUUUGUGAAAAAAAUCAUUCAUAUGAGAAGAAAUUUGAGUAAAUGUGAAUGCAUGAGAGCAAUACAUGUGUCUAAGUAACUGAUGAAGCAAUUCUUAUGACAACAUAGUAAGAUUUGAUGUUGUAUUAAACAAGAUAAGAACAUAAAAGUUUCAAAAAUUAAA